AAAGGACAAUGGGCAUGCUAAUUGUAGCCUCUGGAAAGAGUGUGACAUUAUCCAUCAUAAUUGUGUUUUCUGAUCUUGAAGGAGCUUAGCAUUCCACCAAGAACGUUAAGUAAGUAGGAAAGCAGUUUAAGUAUUCAGACACAACAAAGAAGUUGUUGGGAUUUCUGCAUCCCCGUUGUCAUCUUCCACCCCUAACAAAGUGAUGACCUCACAGCAGCAUCCCCUCCCCAAUGCAAACGUCAACCCUCCCCUCCUUGUCCCCCAGAACUCUUCAGCACACCACGGUAGGCCUCACAUUCACCCAAACCAGCUGGACUCUACUCAGAGUAGUGCUGCGGGGCACCUUGCCCCCCACAGAGGUCUGAUGGGUGGUGUGGGGUCCUCAUCAGUGGGGACCUCCAGCGGAGUGGCAGUGAACAGGGGCGCCUCGGCCUCCUGCACUAACUCUGCCAUUUCCAGGAGGCCCUCGUCGGGACGCUUCGAACCCUGGCCUGAGGAGGCCGUAGACAACGCUUACGGCUUGUACUCACUGCACCGCAUGUUUGACAUAGUGGGAGCCCAGCUCACGCACCGUGACGUGCGAGUGCUCUCCUUCCUGUUCGUGGACGUCAUCGACGAGUAUGAGCGCGGAGGCAUCAGGAGCGGCCGGGACUUCUUGCUAGCUCUGGAGCGCCAGGGGCGCUGUGAUGAGACCAACUUCAGGCACGUCCUGCAGCUGCUCCGCAUCAUCACACGGCACGACCUGCUGCCCUAUGUCACACUCAGGAAGAGACAGACCGUGUGCCCAGACCCAGUGGAUAAGUACCUGGAAGAGACGUCAGUGCGUUAUGUGUCCCCCAGAGGAGGAGAGAGCAGGGAGGCUACACCCCACAGGAGGACAGGCCCCCAACCAGUAAUAUGCUGUUCUCCAUCGGGGCCCCAGGUGGGCCCCCCCCGCACCAAGCCAGGCCCCCCAUUACCGAGCCGCAAAAGGAAGAGGGCCCACACCACAGGAGACUGCAGGGAGAAGCAAACUUGUGACAUCCGCCUACGAGUGCGCGCCGAGUACUGCCAGCAUGAAUCAGCGCUUCAGGGAAACGUCUUCUCCAACAAGCAGGAGGCUCUGGAGAGGCAGUUUGAGAGGUUCAACCAGGCAAACACUAUUCUCAAGUCCCGGGACCUGGGCUCCAUCAUCUGUGACAUCAAGUUCUCGGAGCUCACAUACCUAGAUGCUUUCUGGCGGGAUUACAUCAAUGGCUCCCUGCUGGAGGCCCUGAAGGGCGUCUUCAUCACAGACUCACUCAAACAGGCGGUGGGCCAUGAGGCCAUCAAACUGCUGGUCAAUGUGGAUGAGGAGGACUAUCAGGCCGGCCGCCGCAAGCUGCUCCGGAACCUGGUCACUGGAGGUGGGGCUGGGGCCGGGGCUGCUGCCACUCCCGAAGGGAGCAGAGGGACUCCAUCCUCCUAGAAGCGCAUGUCUGCUUCUUUUAGCAGAAGGGGCACCCAUGUCCCAAAUAAGAUAACUUAACUUCAUGGCGAGGACAGAAGCAAGGAAAGUGUAAAGUACGGUCUGAUUCAGGAAGAAGUAUGAGGAAGAAUGCUGGGUGCCCUGCCCUUUCAUCUAUGAAGGGAAUGUGAAAUUAAAGUGAGCAAGAGCAAGUUGAGUUAGAUGUAUGGAACACAGACAUAAGAUGAGUGUUUUGAAUGUUGAAGGUUUAGUUUUUUCUGCUGGAAGGACAAUGUUAAUAUUUUUUAUUGUAACUUGUGAAUUGACUAUAAAAUCUGAUUUAACAUUUUCUUUUGGUAUCACACAGCUCUUUGCCAUAAAGUGUUCUUGAAAUGGCCCCUAGUAGACUAUUACUACACAUGGCUAUAAACAAGUCCCUAUUGGAACAUUUAGCAUUUUGUUUACUGCCAGACAAGGACAAAAUCAUUGUAAGCCAGAGACAUGCCAUCAUACAAUUAUUUGGUAGUAAAUAAUUUCAAAAUAUUUUUGGUACGUUGUCAAAUGAACUAUACUUGUGUGGGUCGUUCUUGAUGAUUUGGUUCAAAAGGAUUGAAAAGAUUAAGCGUACUGAGUGGUUUCAGAUGUGCUUGAAAAUUUCAAUACAAAAUUCAACAACAGAAUGCAGUAAUAAGUAUUAAAAAAAACGUCAAGUCAUUUUGAAAUAAUUUUGAAUCUACCCUCAUCUCAAAUACAAAUGUCCUUUUUGAAUAUGUGUAUUCACCCAUGGCUCAGACUUUUAUUUCUUGAUUUGCUUGUCAAUAUUAGAAUUUAAUCAGAAAGACACAUUCAUUAAAGCUGGAAUCCUUAGUGGUGAAACUGCCACGUCUGUUUGCGAUAUUACAACAAAGACGGUACUUCAAACAACACAGUUUUUUCCCCUCUGACAUCAUCUCACAUCAUUGCAAGCACGAUAGACCAGCAGAGUAGGUACCACGAUGCUCCGCUGCUCUGUUUCAUAAAAACAAAAAAAAAAGCGCCUGGGGUGACCAGUGGCCUGUUUCACCUUAUGUGGAUCUCAACUUUAAACAAUUGUUUUAUUAUAUUUGAGUUACAACCAACAUACAAAGUUCCCCCCUUGUUUUUGCUUUUUAAUGGUAAUUUCAUGUAAAGAGAAAAGGCUCUACACACUGCAUUUAGUACUUUCAACCAUUUAUUUAGGGAAGUACACUGGGAGCACCAUUUUGUUUGAUUGAGUUCAUCAAUAUCAUACAUUUUACUACAACGGUAUAAUUAGGCAUAUUGUGUUUCAUGCAAAUGUACAAGACCAGAGUAGUUGGUGAUUAUUUUGGACCACAUUUUCAAGACAUCUUUGUCCACAGUUCAUUAUCCUACAAUCCGUCUGACACAAUGUAGCAUGGUGUAGUGCUACCCAAGUUAGGAGCCUCUGAUACUUGCUUUAGGAAACGAGGCAACUUUAACUUCAACUUAACUUAAACUUUAAACAUGUUUCACCGCCUUGGACCAAUCAGUAAGUUUAGUCAAAAUCGUCCCAGUGCUGUCUGAGAUAUCGUGUGUGAUGAACGUACAGCCAGAGUCAGAUCCACAGACAUUGAUCAGACUGCCAUCUGAUAAAUUAUUUAAUACAGUUGGCUAUACCGCUGACAUAUGAGGGUGUUUUCUAGGCAACAUUUUUUAUAGGUUGUGAGGUUGGCUUUCAUAGAUGCAGCAAGGUCAAGAGCAGUGAGGUGUUGGAAAGUGGUUCACUUCAUACUUGUUUGCAUUGUAAGAAUGUCCUCAGUCUCAUAUACAGAUGUGGUCAAAUAUAUUGGCACCCAUGCUUGAUUCACAAUUUAUUCUAAAAUAAGUUGAAAUUAAAAAACAUUUUGGUGUUUACAAGUGUAUUUUUUUGAUUUACAACGGCACAUGGGCAAGAAGAACAAAAACAUAUUUUUUCUGAUUUUUCCCUUCAAAGUAAAAAAUGGCCUGGACUAAUUAAUAGUCUAAUUAAUUUGGUUGGAGGUAUGAUUCUCAUUUACUGCAUAAUUUUACUUACUCACCUGUUGUAAGUUGCAGGUGCCUAUGGGGUAAAAAUUGCCAUUCAAUCAGUUUUGAAAAGAACAAACUGAAGAUUCACCUCCAUUGCGCUCUAUUGUGAAAUGCAAGAGUGCGAAUAUAUUUGACCGCAUCUGUUUAACAGUGUAUAAUGUGUACAUCAGUUACUUUAAACGGAUGUUCAAUAUCUAUACGAUUCCACAUGAAAAGGUAAUAUAGUUAAUCAGAGUGCAGUAUCUGUUAUAUUUGUAUUCCCCUAAUAUGUUUUAAUUUGUGUUGGUAAAUUAAUGUUAUAGCCGACAAGAUUAGCAUUUUAGCGCUGCUACUUGGUCUUAGAUUUUUCCUGGAUCAAUUAACUUUUAUGGAAGAUUAAAGGAUUUUGCCAACUGCUUUCAAAAUUCACUCUUGCUUUUAACUCUUGUUAAAAUGAUCAGGGACAUUUCCCUUUACCUUUCCAUGUAUUAAAUAAAAGAGCUAGUCAUAUUUGGUACUAAAAUCUAAUCUUGGUACAUAAAAGGUUCUGCCAGGUUCUGAAGACCAGAAAUUAAAUUCACAUUGUUUUGCAAUA